AAGCAAAAACUGUAGUGGAAGUGGAGAGAGCGCCAUGCCUGAAACUCCUGGUGGGAGUCUGAUAGAAUGCGAAAUUCCAAGCCUGCCCUUGGUUUCCUCUUAGCGCGAGCCAAGUCCUUCUCCAACAGCUUCUGCUACCGAACUCUUCCUUCUUGUAGUAGUAGUAGUAGUAGUAGUAGUAGUAGUAGUUUUAGGGCAAACAAUCCCUUGCUCACUCUGCUCCUGCUACUCCCUCCGCAUUCUUCCAUUUCUCAUGGCCUAUUCCUUAUCCCUAACCGUCGCUUCUGCGGAUACGCCGCCGAGCAAUUCUCAGACGACGAGUACGAAUGCGAUUUUGAGAACCAUCAGGCAUCUUCUUCAGUGGCCAACAUUGAUGAGUGGAAAUGGAAAAUGAGCUUGCUACUACGCAAUGAAAAGGACCAAGAGAUUGUAUCAAGAGAUAAGAGAGAUAGGAGAGACUAUGAGCAGAUAUCUAACCUUGCAAAAAGGAUGGGUCUUUAUAGUGAAAUGUAUGGGAAGGUGGUGGUUGCCAGCAAGGUUCCACUUCCUAACUAUAGACCAGAUUUGGAUGAUAAGCGGCCACAAAGGGAGGUGGUUAUACCACUAGGUUUGCAAAGAAGGGUAGAAGGUUUACUGCAGGAGCACUUAGAUCGAAGUCAAUUAAGUUCUGGAAAGGUCACUUACAAUUCAGAUGAUGCUAAGUUCAUUGACCAGGUUGAAGAUGUCAAUCAGGAAGAGACUGCUGAUUCUUUCCUUGAUGACUCUGUUAUGGAGAAAGUUCUUCAGAAACGGAGUUUGCGAAUGCGUAAUAUGCAAAGAACUUGGCAGGAAUCACCAGAAGGCAAGAAAAUGCUGGACUUCCGGAAAUCUCUGCCAUCAUUCAGGGAGAAGGAAAGGCUACUCCAAGCAAUUGCACAAAAUCAGGUGAUAGUAAUAUCUGGAGAGACUGGAUGUGGCAAGACCACUCAACUUCCUCAAUACAUAUUGGAAUCGGAAAUAGAAUCUGGACGUGGAGCAUUCUGUAGUAUCAUAUGUACUCAGCCUAGAAGAAUCUCUGCCAUGGCUGUUUCAGAAAGAGUGUCUGCAGAGAGAGGAGAGCCACUUGGUGAAACGGUUGGCUAUAAAGUUCGAUUAGAGGGAAUGAAAGGGAAAAACACCCAUCUGCUUUUUUGUACAAGCGGUAUUCUACUUCGGCGUUUGCUGAGUGAUCGCAAUUUAAAUGGUAUAACCCAUGUUUUCGUUGAUGAAAUUCAUGAGCGAGGAAUGAAUGAAGACUUUCUAUUGAUUGUAUUGAAGGAUCUACUGCCACGUCGUAGGGAUUUGCGCCUAGUUUUAAUGAGUGCCACUCUAAAUGCUGAACUGUUUUCCAAUUAUUUUCAAGGGGCACCAAUGAUUCAUAUUCCUGGCUUUGCUUAUCCUGUAAAAGCACACUUUUUGGAAGAUGUACUGGAAUUAACAGGAUAUAAACUCUCUCCCUUCAACCAAAUUGAUGAUUAUGGCCAAGAGAAAAUGUGGAAAACACAGAAACAGUUAGUUCCAAGGAAAAGAAAAAACCAGAUCACAACACUUGUAGAGGAUGCUCUUAAUAAAUCAAGCUUUGAAACCUAUAGCCCCAGGGCACGUGAUUCUCUAGCAUCAUGGGUGCCUGAUUGCAUAGGAUUCAAUCUUAUUGAGGCAGUUCUAUGCCACAUAUGUCGAAAGGAGCGACCAGGUGCUGUUUUAGUGUUCAUGACUGGGUGGGAGGAUAUCAGCUGCUUGAGAGAUCAACUUAAAGCGCAUCCUCUUUUGGGUGAUCCUAACAGAGUUUUGCUUCUAACUUGCCAUGGUUCAAUGGCAACAUCUGAACAGAAACUCAUAUUUGAGAGACCACCUCAUAAUGUGCGUAAAGUAAUUCUUGCUACAAAUAUGGCAGAGGCAAGCAUUACAAUCAAUGAUAUAGUUUUUGUUGUUGACUGUGGAAAAGCAAAAGAGACAACUUAUGAUGCUCUAAAUAAUACACCUUGUCUACUACCAUCUUGGAUAUCACAAGCAUCUGCACGACAGAGAAGGGGUAGGGCUGGCCGUGUACAACCAGGUGAAUGUUACCACCUCUACCCCAAAUGUGUUUAUGAAGCUUUUGCAGAAUAUCAACUUCCAGAACUUCUGAGAACUCCUUUGAACUCUCUCUGCUUGCAAAUAAAAAGCUUGCAGGUUGAAAGUAUAGGAGAAUUUUUGUCAUCUGCCCUGCAGCCGCCAGAAUCACUUGCUGUCCAAAAUGCUAUUGGUUUUCUGAAGAUGAUUGGAGCAUUAGAUGAGAAGGAAAAAUUGACCGAGCUUGGAAAGUUCUUGUCAAUGCUUCCAGUAGAUCCCAAGCUUGGGAAAAUGCUGAUCAUGGGUGCUAUCUUUCGUUGCUUUGAUCCUAUUCUUACAAUAGUAUCUGGGCUUAGUGUCAGGGAUCCUUUCUUAUUGCCUCAAGACAAAAAAGACUUAGCAGGGACAGCAAAGUCUAGAUUUUCUGCAAAAGAUUACAGUGAUCAUAUGGCUCUUGUUCGUGCAUAUGAAGGAUGGAAAGAUGCAGAAAGAGAAGGAUCUGCAUAUGAGUAUUGCUGGAGAAAUUUUCUCUCAGCUCAAACUCUUCAGGCUAUCCAUUCUCUUCGGAAGCAGUUUAGCUUCAUUUUAAAAGAUGCUGGCUUGGUAGAUGAAGAUGCAAGCAUCAACAACAGAUUAAGUCACAACCAAUCAUUAGCCCGUGCAAUUAUUUGUUCUGGCCUUUUUCCUGGCAUAGCAUCUGUAGUGCACCGAGAGACAUCCAUGUCUUUCAAAACAAUGGAUGAUGGCCAGGUUUUACUAUAUGCGAAUUCUGUGAAUGCACGUUACCAAACUAUUCCUUAUCCAUGGCUGGUGUUUGGUGAAAAAGUGAAGGUCAAUACUGUUUUCAUACGUGAUUCCACUGGUGUCUCAGAUUCAAUACUCAUUCUUUUUGGUGGUGCGCUGAACCAAGGAGUGCAGGCUGGAAAUUUGAAAAUGUUGGAAGGGUAUGUUGACUUCUUUAUGGAUCCUAGUUUGUCAGAAUGCUAUUUGAAGCUAAAGGAAGAAUUCAAUAAGCUCAUCCAAAAGAAGCUCCAAGAUCCUAGCCUGGACAUUCACAAGGAAGGGAAAUAUCUUAUGCUUGCGGUUCAAGAGCUGGUAUCUGGAGAUCAAUGUGAAGGGAGAUUUGUAUUUGGCAGGGAUAGCAAGAAGCCAAAGGAGUCUGGUAAUGAUGACAGAUUCACAAGAGAUGGAAUGAAUCCCAAGAGCUUGCUUCAAACUCUGAUGAUGAGGGCAGGGCACUCUCCUCCAAAAUACAAAACAAAGCACCUCAAGACAAAUGAGUUUAGAGCACUGGUAGAGUUCAAGGGUAUGCAAUUUGUUGGAAAACCUAAGAAAAACAAGCAGCUUGCUGAAAGGGAUGCUGCUGUAGAGGCAUUGGCAUGGUUAACUCAUACUUCUGACAACAGUCGGGAUGAAGGUGACAAGUCCCCACCUGAUGUGACUGACAACAUGCUUAAACUUCUUGGGAAACGUAGAAGAUCAAAGCGUUGGUCUGGUUGAUGAUGGAUGAUGGAAAAUGGUAAGAGAUUGACCUAUAAAUUCUCGGCAUCCUUGUUUAGGGUUUCUGCACUGGUGACCUGCAGAAUGCAUCGUGUAGUAAAAUUUGGCGGCUGGAGGGUGCAGGGAAGUUUUCUAGCGGAGUAAAUUCUCAUUCGGUUACCUUUGUUGGGUGCAUGGAAUAACAGCUUCCCUCAAAUGAGAUAAUCUUUACAAAGUUUAACUAUGAUUGCAUUACUGUGCCAUAGCAAUGAGAAGGUUAUAAAGGUUAAUAACUUCUCAUCAAAGUUUUGACCCCUAGUUCUGUAACUUAAUCACAAGUCAUAACUUAGCACACAGGAAGUGAACGUUCGAAAGUUUCCAAUAAUACAGGGUUUCAUCUAUCUCUAGUUGAAAUUAGUUCGAGUGAGCAAAAAGAUGGAGAGCGCAAUGGCUUGACCAAGCAGUCUCCCUCAGAAAAGAAACUGAAUUACAUUCGAUAGCUUUGUGAACAAAUUUAUACUUUUUAUCACAUAAAAUAUUGUAAUUUUCUGUAAAUUAUUCAAUGAACUCAUUCUUUAUUCCUUCUGAAGUUAUAUAAAAUCACCCUUAUAAUGGUUGUUUUA